ACACGCAAUUCACACGUCCUUUUUUCCUCACCAAACCUUUUAUAUAUUUUGGAAUUCAAUCAAGCUUGAGCUUUCGAUCCUGCAUACCACUGCACCAGUUAAACCUAAAGAUACAAUACGAGAGGCGCCAUGGAUGUUUACUACUUUUACUCUUACGGGACGGCUGCAUGGCUGGCAACGCAAGCCGCGCCGCUCAUUGCGUCACCUACGAUGAUUGUAGCUUUGUUGUCGCCUGAGGUGCGCGAAGCGACUACUCUUGAAGUCUACUUCUCCCGCUCCCUGGGCUUCACGCUCAUCGCAUUGGGCAUCCUGACCGUGUUACUUACGGGUUCUGUCCCACUCUCGAGUCGCUUGUCCGAAGGCGCCACGACCUCUGCCGAAGACCCAAAAGCUCCAUACGCCCUCCCUACACUCACCAUAACGGCCAUGUUCCACGCCAUUUACGCCUUCUAUGGCUACGCAAUGUGGACUAAGACGGGCGUCAUGUCCUUCAGCUUCGGCACGCUGGGCUCGGGUUUCCUGGCCAUGGUAGCGCUGUGGUGUAUCUUGUUUGCUAGUAGCAAUGGAAGGAUUAGCAGGAAGACUGGUGCAGACAAGAGGACAAGUGGGUUUCCGUUUAAGAACGCCGAGGCGGACAAGAGGAAGGGUAAAUAAAUGAGAGAGAUGCUAGGAAGGAGAGAGACGUGAGCUGAUGUUGAAAAACACGCGGGCCGACAGAAUGGACCAUGGUCAUGACCGGAGCAAGUGUGCACCGGAUCGAUCCACGCAACAAAUAGCAUGGCUGCUCGAAACUUUUUUGGUAGUUUGCGGAGCACAACCCCUGGAUGAAGCAAGUGUACACUAUGGAAAGCAUAUAACGAAUUGGUAUCUUUUCCCUU